UAUGGUUGCAUGAACUAUAAUGCGCAAUACGAAAUGCGCUAACGUACGUAGAAUCCGCGCAGUUCGUGGUUGCGCGACCAUUAAAACGGACAAGUCUCUGCCGUCAUUCGGACCCAUAAGGGUUUCAGUAACGUUCGUGUUAGCGUAGAGAAUAGGAAGGAGAUUUUAAGAUAUCACGCACAUAUUUAAGUGUGAAGCAACUGUCGCAUUGUAAUUGAAAAUGUUCACCGGUUUAACGAAUCAGGUGUCUACAUGGAUGGGAAAGAAGGCAGAGGAUGCCGGCACGGAAUUACCGCCUGAGGAAAAAAUUCCUGUAACUGCCGAAGGAGAAGAAUUGGACAGGAAAGAUAGCCCGACCAAAAGCGGCAGCAAAUUGGACAUGCUGGUUGGUGUGAAAUCUCAGAUGACAGGCUGGUUUAGCGGUGGAAUUCCUGGACUGAGCCGUGGACAAGGAAAUGAAGGCGAAUCGCAGGGCCCUAAAACAAUGAACGGGGCCCAAGUGGCGCAAACCACCACCGAGGGUACCGUCGAACAGACAAAAGACGACGAUGCUAGUAGUAAGCGAUUGAUAAGCGCAACUGGCGGAGCCGAUAGUGGUCCCGCGAGCUUAGAAGGCUCUCCAUCCGAGGAUAAGGAAGGGCAACAAGCAUUUGGAGGAGUUUCAACGAAAGCCCUGGCAGGCGCCAAGACUCUCGGAGGAUUUUUGUACAGCGCCGUGAAUAAGGCUGGAAAAACCGUGGUCGAGGCUGGGGCAAAGAUCAAGAAGACCGUCGAGGAGAACAGAUUGGUCGCCGAGCUGAACAGGGAACAGGAGGCUUUCAUCGCGAACAAGCACACCGAAAAGGGUGAGGCCGUGGCACCGUGGGUCGGCGCACCUAACGAGGACAUACUCCGCGAGGAAUGCUUAUCUCUCUCCAUGGAUCAACGCAAUUUCUUAAAAUCCCCGCCCAAGGAAGUCGAUUUCCCAUGGGACUUCGAGGCUGUACAACCGAUGGCGCAAGCCACUCUCGCCUUGGAUCCGAAUUUGGAGAACAUGAGGUUCCAACUGGUGCCGAAAGUAAUAUCAGAGGAGAAUUUCUGGCGGAACUACUUCUACCGGGUGUCGGUACUCCGCCAGAGCCACGAGCUGAACACAAUGGCCAACCAGGCGGAAAACAACCUAAACCAAACAUCCGCAGGAACCGUGGAUCAAGCUGAAGUUCAAGUGACCACUGGCCAGGAAAGCAGCGGAACCGUGAUGACCGGAAGUAACAGCGCGUUGGCCGAUUCGCCGGGCCACGAAUUCGUGUCCGAUAGCAUGAGGGUCUCGGACACGGACCUCGAAGAGGUCCGGGAAGGCAUGAAAAAGCUGGGGAUGCAGCCGCCUAAAGCAGAGGAAGAUUGGGAACGCGAAUUGGAAGCGGAGCUGAAGGAUUACGAGGUAGUAACAGGUAACGAAGAGAGGAGCAGCGUCGAAGCACCGGUGAGAAGCAGCGGCGCGUUGGACAAAGAUUGGGAGAAGCAGAUCGACGAGCUGCUUGCCAACGAGGACGACGAGGACCUCAAGUGAAUUGGGAUAUCCUCUUUGUGAAUCGGAUAGAGAGGACGAUAUUUGUCGCGUUUUGGAUCAUCCUGCGUUUAAAAGGGGAGACUAGUGUGAGAGAUGGCCGGCUGGGCUUGUCGUCUGUCUUUCCUCCAUCGACUUUCCUCCGCUUGUUUGUAGAGGAAUAGAGGGGAUGAAAGAUUCUCGAAACAGAAGGAUCUCGUCUUUCUACUUCCCCUUCCCUUUCGUUCUAUCCCUCUUUCGCGCGGUCGUUGAGACGUAGGGGCGCCAUAGGGAUGGAGAAAAGUUUUCUUUUUCGAAGGAAAGAUCGAGACUGUUUGGAUGAUAUAAAGAUGUAAUUAGAGUGUAGAGAGAAAAAAAAAAAGAAGAAAAAAGAAGAUAAGACAGAAAGGAGAAAACGCGAGAGAGAAUGAGAUUACGUUUCGAUACUUCUUCUUCUUCUUUUUUUUUUUUUUUUGUAUUGUUAAAACGAUUGUAAUUAAGGAGUAGAGAGAUAGAAGAAAGGAAAGGGGUGUUUGAAGAAGAAGACGAAAGGAGCUGUUCCUCGUUUCCUCUUCUAUGGGGUACUUUCCUCAACAACGCGUACGUUUGCGAUCCUCGAACACGAUGAAGAUGGGACAAGAUUUAUAGGGAGAAUAAAGGGGAAAAAAAGAGGAACAUGGGAAGAAGGUUUGCGUUUAUGAUUAUAAGAAUAUUAUUUUAUCGAUCGAUCUCGCCUCUUUCUUAAUCAACUUUUAUCGAUAUUUUUCAUUCAUCGAUGAUCCUGUGAACGGUGGACGGGUGUGCACAUGAGAUGAUACAUGCUUUUAACGCCACACUUAUGUCAAUUGCUAGACUCGUUUAUAAGGGCGAAUAUGUAAUAUUUAAAGAGAAUAAAAGAGAAAGAAAUUUUGAAGUUUUCCCCUUGUAAUAUCGAUCGUUGUAUUUAAUGAAAAAAAAAAAAAAAAAAAGAAAUAAAUAAUUAAAUAAAAAUGUGCUACUUCUAACAUUGAGCGUGUUAUGUAAUAUUAAACACAAAAUGCACUGUGCUACGGAAUAAAUAAAUAAAUAAAUAAAUAUAUAUAUAUAUACACACAUAUAAAAAAAAUGAAUAGAUAAUAAAUGAAUGGGAAAAAGAAAAUCGAAUGCUUCUUCAUCGAGUUCGAAGGAUCGAGGACUAUCCGAAGUGACACAUUACACUGCCGUGUGCCGAAGGACACCGUCUCGAACGAUUAUUGUCGAUUAUUGGCUAUAUUUUUUCCCCCCCUAAGAGAAAAGGAAAAAACAAUUUAUAAAAUGAUCACGUUUUUCCUUAUCGUUAUUCGUUGAUCGUAGAUAUUGUUCGUCAAAAAUAAAUUUGAUUCGAUGAAAAAUCAUGAAUAGAAAAGAAAAAAUUGAUAAAAAUCUACACAGAUUAUUAUUAAUUAUGAUUAUUAUUAUUAUUAUUAUUACUAUUAUUAUUAGGCGCAUUUGUUAAUGUUGCGUCGCUAAAGAUACAUUUUUUGCGUUAAAAUUUGUUUAAAUAUUUGUUACGUGUUGCAAUAUUUACGCUAAUAUCGUUAUGCGUAAUUUUUUAAUAUUGAUACGCAGUAUGUCCACAUGAUGGAAGGGCUCAAAUUAUCAAUAGAAUUAAUUAAGAAAAAUCGAUAGGAAACAAACAAAAUCUCUCGACAUGAUUUUCUGCAGCAUGCCGUCCAAUUAUUUCCUCGACCUCGUUGAAAAAUCGAGGCGAAACAACAAUUCUCGUGUGUAGACCAGAAAAGAAUCGUGAUGGAUAAAGUUUAGCGUUUCGCGGCACGAUGUUUUAUCUUCGUUAAUGCUUGUUUCCUUCAUCGUAUGGACAUCUGUGAUCGAUAAAGAAAUAUUAAGAAAUUCGAUUGUUAUAUAUUCGAGAUGUGUAUAAUGAACGCGAAAUACCGAUACAAACGAAAGUCAAAAAACUAGAAAAGAGAAAAGAAACGAUUCGUAUAAAUGAUUGUACGAACAUUUGUUGAUUAUAGAACAAAAAGAAAGGGGAAAAGAAAGUAAGUGUCGCAUUCGAAUAAACUCGUACUUCUGAUCGUUUGCGUGCGCCACUAUGUUGAGUCCAGAUCUUUCGUCGAUUCUUCUCGGACAUUUUUUUUUAGAUUAUCCUUUGUCCAUACAUCGAUCGACUAAUUCGAUGUACAUAAGAAUAAAAGAAAGGAAUAAUGAAAAUGUAAACUAGCUUAGAAAUUUGUAAAGAAGAAAGGAACCCUUUAAGAAAGACUUGAUUCUGAGCUCAACGCUGGUUCACCGUGUGCGCGUGUUUCAUCCAGUUCGCUGUGAAAUUUUUCAUUCGCACUAGUCGUUAGGUCAAUAUAUAAUACCUAUAUUAUACGAAAUGUAUAUUAACGUUAAGAUAUCGCAAUUAAUCGGGCCUAAGUUCGUCGUAAUAUUAAUGAAAGACAGAAAUGCAUAUAUGUUUUAUAUAUAUAUAUAUAUGUAUAUGAAUAUGAUUAAUACUAUAAAGAUUGAAAUCUGGCAAUCAUGAUUUUCUUCAAAACAAUACCGAUAUAAACGCAGAAAAAAUACGUAAAUCUUUGAACUUGUCUUUCAUUGAUAAUCUUUGUGUAUAUUAUUAUAUUCUAUGAUUCCGUUCAUAGAGUGAUUCUCGUGUUAUAUUUCUUGUAUAUGUAACGUGUUACGAGCGCCAUAUAAAUCACGAUUUAUAUAUGCUCUUUGCCCCGACUGAGACGUGAGGAAAUACAUUUUCGCGAAAAGUCCUUCAUUUUUUGGACAAUUAAAACGGUGGGUCAGGAAAGUAAUAUAUAGUAAUAUGAACAUGUCGAUAAAUGAACGUCUUUCCCUUCAAUGGCCAAAACAACAAAAGAAGAAAAAAAGGAAAAAAA